UUUUAUGUCUCAAAUUAAGUAAUUCACCUCUCCGAAUGGGUAAGUCAUUUCUUCUUGUUAUCUUACGUUACGUUCUGUAAGAGCGUUAGUAAAAUGAAUGCGCAUUUAGUCAAAAUUAUGGCAACACCAAUCUAAUUGCCAUAUUUGCGGUGAUUUUUGCUGCGCUUCAGUUUCUUUCUCUACGCUUUGCGCAUUUUAAAAGUGACAAAAUGGCGAAUGAAGCAAGUAAAUUGCUCCUUUCUACACAACAAGAAAAACCGAAUCAUUACACGUACUUAAAGGAAUUUCGCGUUGAACAGUGUCAGUCUUUUCUACAACACAAAUGCAACCAACAUAGACCAUUCGUAUGUUUCAAUUGGCAUUUCCAAAAUCAACGACGUCGUCGUCCUGUACGCAAACGUGAUGGUACAUUUAAUUACAGUGCAGAUAAUUAUUGCACAAAAUAUGAUGAAACAACAGGCAUAUGUCCGGAUGGUGACGACUGCCCAUUUCUCCAUCGCACUGCCGGUGAUACUGAGCGUCGUUACCAUUUGCGCUACUAUAAAACUUGUAUGUGUGUACAUGAUACGGAUAGCCGCGGUUAUUGUGUCAAAAACGGUCAUCACUGUGCUUUUGCACAUGGUAUCCAGGAUCAACGUCCACCGGUUUAUGAUAUUAAAGAGUUAGAAUCCUUACAAAAUGCUGAGCUGGCACUCGACGGUACAAAUGCACAAAAUGCUUUGGAUAAGGAACGUAAUCUGAUGAACGAGGAUCCAAAAUGGCAAGAUACUAAUUAUGUAUUGACAAAUUAUAAAACGGAACCAUGUAAGCGGCCACCACGUUUAUGCCGACAAGGUUAUGCUUGUCCACAGUAUCACAACAGCAAAGAUAAGCGACGAAGUCCACGCAAAUUUAAAUACAGAUCCACUCCAUGCCCAAAUGUUAAGCAUGGCGAAGAGUGGGGUGAACCUGGUAAUUGUGAGGCUGGCGAUAAUUGCCAAUAUUGUCAUACACGCACCGAGCAGCAAUUUCAUCCGGAAAUUUACAAGUCAACUAAAUGUAAUGAUGUACAACAAGCUGGUUAUUGUCCACGUAGCGUUUUCUGCGCCUUUGCACAUGUGGAACCUUGUCCCAUGGAUGAAUUGCGUGAAAAUGCACUCUCAGCUAGUUUGGCUAAUUCAAGCUUGCUAUCACGUUCCUCUGCGCCAAUUAACAUUCCUAAUUCUACGCUAAGUAAUUCUAUGAACGGGGAGUGUUUUACAAAUUCUUUUUUAGAUUAUAAUUCUGCCGGCUUCUCCGUCAACAUUCCAAGUAACUCGCUCACAUAUAGCCCAACCAAUCAUAGCAAUCUAUUCAGCGUGUCAGAUGCGUUUAACUAUAGUGGAACUAAUGCAAAUAAACUUAGUAAUUCUCUCUCAGCGGCCACACAAAAUGAUAGUAGCAGCUUAUUCUUUCCAUCAAGAAUCAUAUCGCCCGGUUUUGCUGAUGGUUUAUCAAUAAGUCCCUCCGUUAGAAUUUCUGAAUUAAACUCAAUACGUGAUGAUAUAAAUAGCAGUUCCGUUGGAAAUAUGUUAUUUGAUAAUACUUUGACAACUACUAAAAAUGCAUUUUCAUUACAAUCGCUACAAAAUCAAAAUACAUCUGACGUUAAUCGGUUAUCAAAUGAGUUAAUGACAAAAAAUUCACAAAUCGUUAAAUUAACAAAUCGUAUUGAUGAGACGGCUAGAAAGCUAAAUUUAACGGAAUUACAACGUGACAAAGCCAAACAGGAGGCAAUGGAAUGGAAAGAACGUUAUGAUUUAGCACAAACACAAUUGCAUUUGUCCACCGAAUUGCGCAAUUUAUCAAUACAAAAACUUAAGCAAUUACAGUCAAAAUUGCGCUCCGAUUUGGAGGAAGUCGAAAAGGUAUUAUAUCUGGAGAAUGCUAAGAAGUGCAUGAAAUGUGAGGAGAAUAAUCGCACGGUUACCUUGGAACCAUGUAAUCACUUCAUACUGUGCGAUUCAUGCGCUUGUUCGGUAACGGAAUGCCCAUAUUGUCAGGUGUCCGUAGUUACAACACACACUUAAACCCAAACUCAUUAAAAUAUCACACUUCAUACCACAAAAAAAAGAAGAAGAAAAAACAAAUGUAGAAGAAAAGUCGUAGAGCAUUUAGUACGUAAAGAAAAUGUUUAGAUAAUCUUACAUAUUUGCUCCAAUCAAAUUAUUUAUUAAAAAAAAGUGUAAAAUAAUAGGUUCUCAAAUAACGAAAUAUUGAUGAGAGGUGACAAAAAAAGAUAAGGAUUGAAGAAACUCACGAUUAAACAAUUUAAUUGAAAUUAAAUUAGUAAUAAAUACAUAUAUACUUAACUUGAAUUGUGUUAUUCGCACAAUUAGCGAAUAAGUUUAGGUG